AUGGUUGAUGAUGCAGUUGCCCCUACUCACAAAUAUGGUGGCUUCUUCGAAGGGCCUGAUGGAAUAUUACAAAGGGUCAUGAGUCAAACUGAUGCUCCUCGGCCUCUAAACUGGACCAUUCGGAAGCUUUGCCAUGCUGCCUUUCUCCCUUCUGUCAGACUUCUAAAGGCCCAGAAAUCAUGGAUCGAACGAGUCUUUCACAAGAGAGAAUGUGUGCACAUCAUACCCAGCACCAAAGACCCCCAUAGGUGUUGUUGUGGGCGUCUCAUAGGCCAGCACGUUGGGUUAACUCCAAGUAUAUCCAUCAUUCAAAAUGAGAAGAAUGAAGGCAGACUGAAUCGUAAUGAUGUUCAGUCAGAAAAGUGGUCGAUUGGAAAGCAUACUCAGCUCAGCCCCACUGAUGCCUUUGGGACAAUUGAAUUCCAGGGAGGGGGACACUCCAACAAGGCCAUGUAUGUACGUGUUUCCUUUGACACCAAGCCUGACUUACUGCUGCACCUUAUGACAAAGGAGUGGCAGCUAGAACUGCCAAAGCUUCUCAUAUCAGUCCAUGGAGGCCUCCAAAAUUUUGAACUCCAACCAAAACUGAAACAAGUCUUUGGGAAAGGCCUCAUUAAAGCUGCCAUGACAACAGGAGCGUGGAUAUUCACUGGAGGAGUCAAUACUGGUGUCAUUCGCCAUGUAGGUGAUGCUUUGAAAGACCAUGCAUCCAAAUCAAGAGGCAAGAUCUGCACAAUUGGUAUUGCCCCCUGGGGAAUAGUAGAAAACCAAGAGGACCUUAUUGGCAAAGAUGUGGUUCGGCCAUAUCAGACCAUGUCUAAUCCCAUGAGUAAAUUAACGGUAUUAAACAGUAUGCACUCACAUUUUAUUCUGGCUGACAAUGGGACAACUGGCAAGUAUGGUGCAGAAGUCAAGUUACGACGACAAUUAGAAAAACAUAUCUCCCUUCAGAAAAUUAAUACAAGAAUUGGUCAAGGGGUUCCAGUGGUGGCGCUUAUUGUGGAAGGUGGACCAAAUGUCAUAUCAAUUGUCUUGGAAUAUCUGCGAGACAGCCCCCCUGUUCCAGUUGUGGUGUGUGAUGGAAGUGGACGUGCAUCCGAUAUUCUUGCCUUUGGUCAUAAAUACUCAGAAGAAGGAGGCCUUAUUAAUGAAUCACUAAGGGACCAACUACUAGUUACUAUCCAGAAGACCUUCACCUACACUCGAACCCAGGCACAGCACCUUUUUAUGAUUCUUAUGGAAUGUAUGAAGAAAAAGGAGUUGAUUACAGUGUUCAGAAUGGGAUCAGAAGGUCAUCAAGAUAUUGAUUUAGCCAUCUUGACAGCUCUGCUAAAAGGUGCCAAUGCUUCUGCUCCUGACCAGCUGAGUCUCGCAUUAGCCUGGAACAGAGUGGAUAUAGCUCGGAGCCAGAUCUUUAUUUACGGACAACAGUGGCCGGUUGGGUCUCUGGAACAAGCAAUGCUAGAUGCCUUAGUGCUGGACAGAGUAGACUUCGUGAAACUGCUUAUAGAAAAUGGAGUCAGCAUGCACCGUUUCCUUACGAUUUCCAGGCUAGAGGAACUUUAUAACACGAGACAUGGGCCAUCAAAUACUUUAUACCAUUUGGUCAGGGAUGUCAAAAAGCGAGAAUAUCCAGGUUUCGGUUGGAUCUAUUUUAAGGGAAAUCUACCUCCAGACUACAGGAUAAGCUUGAUUGACAUCGGUCUUGUUAUUGAGUAUCUAAUGGGAGGAGCGUACCGUUGUAACUACACCAGGAAAAGAUUUCGAACUCUGUAUCAUAAUUUAUUUAGCCCAAAAAGACCAAAAGCCCUGAAGCUACUAGGAAUGGAGGAUGACAUGCCAAUGAGAAGAGGAAGGAACACUACCAAGAAGAAAGAAGAAGAGGUGGACAUUGACUUGGAUGAUCCAGAAAUAAAUCAUUUCCCUUUCCCAUUCCAUGAGCUGAUGGUAUGGGCGGUUCUGAUGAAGAGACAGAAGAUGGCUUUGUUCUUCUGGCAGCAUGGAGAAGAGGCAAUGGCCAAAGCCCUAGUGGCAUGCAAGCUGUGCAAAGCCAUGGCACACGAAGCAUCUGAGAAUGAUAUGGUUGACGACAUAUCACAGGAGUUGAAUCACAAUUCCAGGGAGUUUGCGCAGCUGGCAGUGGAGUUAUUGGAUCAGUCAUACAAGCAGGACGAGCAACUGGCAAUGAAACUGCUGACCUAUGAGCUAAAGAACUGGAGCAAUGCUACAUGCCUACAACUUGCAGUGGCAGCCAAGCAUCGGGACUUCAUUGCUCACACAUGCAGCCAAAUGCUUCUGACAGAUAUGUGGAUGGGCAGACUCCGGAUGCGUAAGAAUUCUGUUCUUAAGGUGAUUCUAGGAAUUCUACUUCCUCCUUCAAUUCUCAGUAUAGAAUUUAAAAACAAAGAUGAAAUGCCAUACAUGUCGCAAGUGAAUGAACUAGAUCUCCAGGAGAAGGAAGUGGAGGAGCCAGAGAAGACUGUAAAAGACAAAGAUGAUGAUGACAUGGAGUUAACGGCAAUGCUGGCCAGAAGCAAUGGUGAUACAGUCAGAAAGAAGGAAGAUGAUGAACAUCCACGUCAUCGGCUCAUACCGAUGGGGAGAAAAAUCUAUGAAUUCUACAAUGCACCAAUUGUCAAAUUCUGGUUCUUUACAAUUGCUUACAUGGGCUACCUUAUGCUCUUCAACUAUAUUGUUCUGGUAAAAAUGGACCGGUGGCCUUCAACACAGGAGUGGAUUGUCAUCUCAUAUAUAUUCACCCUGGGAAUAGAAAAAGUGAGAGAGAUCUUGAUGUCGGAACCAGGAAAGCUGUUACAGAAGUUUAAAGUCUGGUUGCAGGAAUACUGGAAUGUGACUGACCUCAUCUCUAUCCUGCUUUUCUCCAUUGGGAUGAUACUUCGCUUACAAGAGCAGCCUUUCAGCAGCUAUGGGAGAGUGAUAUACUGUGUUAACAUUAUCUACUGGUAUAUACGUCUGCUAGACAUCUUUGGUGUGAACAAAUAUCUUGGACCCUACGUUAUGAUGAUUGGCAAAAUGAUGAUAGACAUGAUGUACUUUGUGAUUAUCAUGUUGGUAGUGUUGAUGAGUUUCGGUGUGGCAAGGCAAGCCAUUCUCUUUCCAAGUGAAGAACCAUCAUGGACUCUAGCUAAGAACAUUUUUUACAUGCCUUACUGGAUGAUCUAUGGGGAAGUCUUUGCUGACCAAAUAGACCGUAAGCAAGCCUUUCAUGAUUCUUUCAGCCCCCACAGUGCUCCCUGCGGAUAUAAUGAGACUCGAGAAGAUGGGAAAAUAGUUCAGCAUCCUCCAUGCAAGACUGGGGCAUGGAUUGUCCCUGCAAUCAUGGCAUGCUACCUAUUAGUGGCAAAUAUUCUUCUUGUAAACCUUCUCAUAGCAGUAUUCAAUAACACGUUCUUUGAAGUCAAGUCCAUCUCAAACCAGGUUUGGAAAUUCCAGCGAUACCAGCUGAUAAUGACCUUCCAUGAAAGGCCUGUCUUGCCACCUCCUUUAAUUAUUUUUAGCCAUUUCACUAUGAUUUGCAAACACCUCUGUUGCCGCUGGAGGAAACAUGAAAGUGACCAAGAUGAAAGAGACUAUGGAUUAAAAUUGUUUAUAACAGAAGAUGAACUUAAGAAAGUGCACGAUUUUGAAGAACAGUGCAUAGAGGAGUAUUUUAGAGAAAAAGAUGAUCGAUUUAACUCUUCUAAUGAUGAAAGAGUUCGAGUCACUGCAGAAAGAGUGGAAAAUAUGGCCAUGCGCCUUGAGGAAGUCAAUGAACGGGAACAUUUCAUGAAGGCAUCCCUUCAAACAGUGGAUAUAAGACUUGCUCAGCUUGAAGAAAUGCUGGGAAGAAUGGCUACAGCCAUGGAAAAACUUGCUGGAGUUGAAAGAGUAGAGACAACUAAAGCAAGAUCUAGAACUUCCUCAGAUUGUACUGAUGCAGCCUAUAUUAUUAGGCAGAGCAGUUUUAACAGCCAAGAAGGGAACGCUUACAAAUUACAUGAUAUCAUAGACCCGGUUGGAGAAGAGCCAUUGUCUCCUACAUCUCCAACCCUCAUGCCUCGAAUGAGAAGUCAAUCGUUUUAUGCAACAAACUUGAAGGACAAAAGUGGGUUGGAAAAAUGUGAAGGUUUUAAAGAGAGGACAUUAAGUCUGCACAGAGCUAUAAGUUCACAUUCUAUAUCAAAAGAUAUAAAACCUCCUCCUUCCCCACUUAAUUCUUUGUCAGUAGCUCCAGACUCUAGAAGGCCUUCUUCCUGCAUAGAUAUUUAUGUUUCAGCUAUGGAUGAGGUGCAGUUUGGUAUGGACUGUGGUGAAAGCUCAAUGAAUGCUGGAUGUGGUGAUCAUCUUGCUGAUGCAUCUGGAGUAAGUCGAGGCUGUAGCUCAUUUACCAACUGUGGCAGUAGUUGUAGUCGUAAUCCUAGUUUUGAGGAAGGAACAACAAUGGACACAAUUGGGUAUCUUCCAGAACACUCAAGUUCACUAAGUGGCCAAAAUCCCUGGGAUUUGGAUCCUCCAAUGUACCAGACAUUAGAGCGGUCAAAAAGUAGUCGUUUACUUGCUACGGCUCCUUUUGUUUUAGAAGAAACACCUAUAGUAAAAUCGCAAAGCUUUAUGUUUUCUCCAUCAAAAAGCUACUAUAGCAAUCUUUAUGUACCUGUAAAGUCUGCAGAAUACACAAGUAUCACAGACUGCAUUGACACCAGGUGUGUAGGCAACACUCCGCAGGCCACUGCAGAGAGGUCAACAUCUCCAGGAUGUGUCAGAGAAAAAGUAGAAGAUCUCAGUGCUUGCCAUCCAGAAAGAGAAGCUGAGCUAAGUCAUCCAAGCUCAGAUAAUGAAGAUCCAGAUACAGAAGGAAAAAGCAAAUGUUUACCUUCUCAUGAAAGUUCAACUUCAAAAACAUUCUUGAAUAACCUAUCAUUCCCAAAAAUAGAAAGGGCAAAUAGCUAUUCUGCAGAGGAGCCCAAUGUGUUGUACCAACACACAAAGAAGAGUUAUUCAAUAAGUGAUAAACUUGAUAGGGAGCGUAACACUACAAGCCUUAGAAAUCCAUUCCAAAGGAGUAAGUCAUCGAGGCCUGAAAGUCGAGGUGACACCUUAUCCAUGAGAAGACUCUCGAGAACAUCAGCCUUCCGUAGUUUUGAAAGCAAGCAUAGUUAGAUAUAAAACGUUUUUCUUUGGAUAAAUAAAAUGUUUAACAGUUGCCCACCCAUCGUAUUUUUAUCACAAUACAGUGACCUCACAAUGGGGAACGUGGACUUACCACUAGCCAC